AAGUAAGGCAACGCCCACAUGCCCCAACGUUCACAGAGAAUAUUUCAGAAACUUGACUGCGUAAUUCCUUUGCUCGUUUUUACCCCCCACAUAACACGGCAAUGAUAUAACGCGGUUUUGGUUGAGAACCAUUCCAGUUGAAAAGAACAGCACUCAAUUAGCCCCACAUCCUUAACCAGCCAAAAUACAGAUACAAAAAAAAAAGAAGAAAAAAAACCAUUCCUUUCCUUUCACCUCCUCCAUUUCCAUCCAGCCAUGAUGGCAACCCUUCAGACCGAUCAGCUCAAGCAGCUCAAGGACAUCUUCAUUCGCUUCGACAUGGAUUCCGAUGGCAGCCUCACGCAGCUGGAGCUCGCUGCGCUUCUACGUUCUCUUGGCCUCAAACCUACAGGUGAUCAACUUCAUGUUCUGUUAUCAAACAUGGAUGCUAAUGGAAAUGGUUAUGUUGAGUUUGAUGAGCUGGUCAGUGCUAUAUUGCCUGAUAUGAAUGAAGAAGUAUUGAUCAACCAGGAGCAGUUGUUGGAGGUUUUUCGAUCAUUUGACAGGGAUGGCAAUGGAUUCAUUACUGCUGCUGAGCUUGCAGGAUCAAUGGCUAAAAUGGGACACCCUUUGACGUAUCGUGAGCUAUCAGAUAUGAUGAGAGAGGCUGACACCAAUGGAGAUGGUGUUUUGAGUUUUAAUGAGUUUGCAAACGUCAUGGCAAAAUCUGCUGCUGAUUUUCUUGGCAUCAAAGUUCCAUAGAGCCUGAUCGAUGAUGGGUAUGGUCUUGUUAAUACAUGGACAUGGACGUGGCGGGGAUCUGCAAUAUCCAUUAAUGUGUCAUUAGCAUUUUGUUCUCUGAUGGGGAUCUGCAAUAUCAUUGAUGGUUUGGCAUGAUCCGAUGACCUUUUCCUUUCACUUAUUUUUUUCUUUCAUCUUUCUCGUAAUUUCUUGUGUGUGUAGAUGUAAUUCUUUUAAGAUCUGGUCAUGGGAUACCUGUAAACAAGAUGGAAGGAGGAGAGACCUGAAUCCCACUUGAAACAUCGUUAACACAACUUGUAGAUUGCAUAAUGUUAUAUUUAUUGUAGUGGUUGGAAUUGUCGACAUAAAUAAAUAACAUGAAAACGACAUUUUAUCUACCA